AUGGUAACUCCCGCCAAAGUCUUUGAUGUCAUCUGCCACCUCGUGAAGCCUCUCUAUUUCAUGCUUCUAGGAACAUCCUACCUUCCCCGCACAAUAAUAUCGCUUCUUGCCAACUUCCAACUCCGCGCAUUCAUUUCUCCGUCGGCUUUCAAGGACGCUUGGUUCGCCCAGUUCUGGCGCUACUUUGGUCCAGUGGCGCGGGAAAGAGCAGCCCCCAAAGUUAUACCACUACUUGCUCAAGCUUACGGCACCAUCAUUGAUGUCGGACCAGGCUCAGGAGAAUGGGUCUCUCAUUUUGACCGCGAGAAAGUCGUCAAGAUUUACGGUGUGGAGCCGAACAAGGAUCAUCACCCUUUGUUGAGGGAGAGGAUUAAAGCGGCUGGAUUGGAGGACAAGUACGUGAUUGUGCCCGUGGGUGUUGAAGAUUUAGGGACAAAAUGGGUUGAGAAGGAGAGUGUUGAUGCCGUCGUGACCAUUCAGUGUCUUUGUUCGGUGCCGAGGCCGAAAGAGAUGAUUGUUAGCCUAUACGGGUAUAUUAAGGAGGGUGGUUGUUGGAUUCUUUACGAGCAUGUUAAGGCUAAGCCAGGAAGCGGAGUGGUUUGGUAUCAAUCAAUGCUCAAUAUCGUCUGGCCGCAUGUAUUUGCCGGAUGCUCCAUGACUAGGGAUACGGAGAGGUGGUUGAAGCAAGCGGGGUCAUGGAGUAAACUCGAUUUGAAGAAAUUGGAGGAUCAACCUGAUUAUGAGCGUCGUUCGUCCAAUUUAGCUAUUCUGCCCUCAACUCGGCCUUCUCGAAUUGCCACUCCCCCUAUUCAUUACUCUGGAGUCCGAUGCCUUUCGCCUACGAUCUCCGGCGGCGAUAUUCCUAUUCUAGCCACCGCCCCUACAAGUAAAGCAAUGGCGCAAAGCCACACCCUGCCGGACGCCGAAGCUACCCCUCCUCAAGACCAAUAUACGACUACAUUGGCGACGCCCUCUAUAAACAAUAGCAUUGACGACUCGGAAGAAUGGGACUAUGAGUACUCUACUACUGAGACUGAUACAUACUACGUCACCCUCGACCUCACUGUCCCCGAGCUCCCAAAAAAGCGACUGCCCAAGCCAGGGGCAAGCACGAAGGCCCGGUGGCUCAAUCCUUCCUUAGGGCGACACAAGCGCCAUGGUUUAGGUGCAGCCCCUACGUACAAACCAAAGGAUGCCAGUACGGCGCAGGAUAUAGAAGCAUCUUCACAGGUGGACGUUGAGGUAGAAGCUGAGGACGAAGAUGAGGGGGGAGAAUUUCCACCCUUGGAUGAUAUGACAGGCGGGGAUGCAAUGCCACAAAAUCCAGAAGCGAAGCGGAAUACCCAAGAAAUUCAAAUUAUGGACCUGCACACGGAUAAUCCAUUGGUGUCCUACGAAGGCCGUAUUUUCUCCUGCAAAUGGGCUGAGAAUAUAGGUACUGAGCUUCUCUUCACAAAACGCGAUGAGCAAAAUCCACUUCCGAGUAUUCGGACGUUACCUGGCAAUGUUGAUCUCCUCGCCGCUAGCUCUGCACGUCUGAUUUCCCGACCCUUGAGAGUUGAGCACAAAUCAAAACGGGCCGAUGCAGAACUGAAGCACCGGCUUGAACGUCCUUCAGAUUUCUCCAUCAAUGUCGGAGUGCGUGCUGGCCCAAAGCGUAGGGACCAAGCCAGGUUCUUAGAGAGCCUCAUUGAUAUUAAGGAAUCGAAAGGGGAGGACGACCUCGUGACAGUAUUUUCGCAUAGGAAAAGGUCCACUGAGGUGUGGAGGAAACAAUUGCGUCAAGAGCGGGAGGAGGAGAGGAAGGGGCUCUACAAAACGCUGAGGGAGGGCGAUAAGCCGCAGCUCGUUGAGGCGAGGAAGAGGUUAGCAGAGAUGGAUCACGAGGAUGAGCGUUUGAAGGCCAAGGAGGUUCAAAAUACAGAUGGCAAACGGAAGAGAGGCCAGGCAAAAAGGAGAGGUGCGACCUCAACAAUGACUGCCAGUGGUAGGCCAGUGAGGCAGGGCCGAAAGAAAAAGACUGGACUUGGAUUCUUCGAGGAGCAUGCUCAGCAAGGUGGAGGUGGUUCUUCAGCACAAGAAACAAAUCCGAAAACUGUUUUUUCACCACCGCAGGGAGGCUUUGGUGGGAACCAUGAAGAUGUGGUUGAGGAAAUGGAUGGGGUAGCAGAAGCUAUAUAUGAAGACGAAGAGAUAUACGAGGAGUUCUCUGGUGAUGAAAUGGAGGAUGAUGAUGCAUAA